ACACAGGAGCUGGAGGAGAUGGGAAGCAAGUUUUGCCUUGGUUUGCUGAUUCUGCACCUCAAAUCCCUGCCCUGCAGCAAGGAGCUGAUGGCUCAGGCAGCGCUCCUGCUGGAUCUGGAGGAGGAGAUCACAGACCGGGCACAAAGAAGGUGCAGUAACAGCAGCCUGGAGUCUGAUGAUGAACCUCCUUGUGCAGAAGAGAUUGAUUAUGACACUGCCAGUAGCUCUGACGGUGAAGAGGAAUUCUUGGAGCUAGACCAUGAGAUCCAGGAGUACCUCUCGUGUGUGGAAGGCAAGACAGAAGAUGAAGGAGUGACCACAGGAGAAACAUGCAGCUCCAGGGCUCUGAGGGGCCUCUACAUUUCCAGCCAGCCAGCACCCAACAGCACAGCUCUUCCUCUGGGCUCAAAAGCACUUGGGCUCUACAGUGGGUUCGAGAGCAGUCCUGUGUGAGCAAGGCUGUGACUUGCAGAGCAGCAAGAAGUGGGUCACUGCUCAUGUUUGCCUGUUUGCCAGCUUCACAGCACCCUUCCCAGAUGUGUUGCUCCUGGAUCUGAAUGGAUAGUUGACUGUAUGAUUGUGUAAUUUGUAUUCAUACAUCUGCUGAGAAUGAUUCCUUACACCUUGUACAUGAGGCAGAGGGAGGGGCCGCUAGCCCUGGCGGUACUGUGUGAAAUCAUCCAUUCCUAAACAUAAUUCCCAGUUUCAUGGCUGCCUCUAGUAUAUGGUUUCAUACAGGUUGACCUAAGGAAUAGUAUUUUGAGACCAAGGAAUCAGAGAUGAUUCUCUUUUUCUGACUUUAGGCAGCCUUUGCCUGGAGAAGAGACAGUUAUUGAUGCCUUUCACCAGAGCUCUCUGUUGCCAUUCUCUCCUGAGCUGUAGAGCAUGUCUCUGAUUUCUGUCUGAUCAGAAUUUUUACAGUGCAAGACCAACAGGUUGGGUCAGGCUGUGCAUAUUUCCAAGCUGGUUCUAUCUCAGCAACAGCAUGGGAAAUCCAGUGUGCCACAGUAAGGAAAGGAGCAGUGACAAGUCAUAGUGAUCCUCUGGAAACCUGGGCUAAAUUCACCAAUAAAUUAGUGAUUGUGGCAAAAUCCAGGAGUGAAUUUAGCCCAAGCAUUAAUCAGAACAGUUUCUUUAAUCCCUAAAUGGAGAAAAAUUAGAUUUCUCCUAAAAUUGCCUCCCAGUUCCUGAGAAUCCAGCACAGACAGAGAACCCACACAUGUAUCCCUAAAGCAUGAAGCCAUGUCGUUUUAGCUUACAUUUCAUAUUGCCUGAUCUUGCCAUGUGUCUUAGACUCUGCUGCUGUAAAUGGGGAAUUGCCCUGAAUCCAAACAGAGCUAAUUUUAAGAUGCAAGAGGCUCCCAAGUCUGUCACUACUUUGUGAGGCUCAAGGACAAGGAUGAAUGUGCAGUGUGUUGUAGCAUUACAGCCUGCAAGGACUCCAGUGAUUACCGGUGAUGAUUAUUAUUAAUAUUGAUACAUUAUUAAAAGCACUGUGCCAUCUUCCUGGUUCUUAUGCUGGUUGUGAAGAGGAUUCCCAGUGCAGAACAAGAAAUGCUCUGAUGUGUUUCUGAGCACCUUUCCUCAUACUACCUAGACAAUAUUUUCCAGCAGGAGGCUGCUCUUUAGAUAAAAAGCUUCUUCCUGUCCUGCUCGGUUUUCAGUAUCCACGUAUUUUAAAGUCUUCACUAGCACAUAAGAGCUCCCUGUGUCUCUAUCUCUCCAUGAUGCUGCUCAAAAGACAGGCAGCUUGGGUCCUUAGAAAUUGAGCUUCUUAGCCCAGACUAAUGCAUUAGGUGUGGUGUGUGCCUCUGUACAGAUGUCCUGUUCUGCUUGGUUUAGUGUUCACCUUGUUGCACACAAUACUGAAUUUUAAUAAAAGGGUGGCUCACAGGAAGGGACACAAAAGAGGUGAAACAGGUGUUCCCAUAAUAAUAGUUUGUAUAAUACUGCUUCAAAGCUUAUUAAUAAAGAAACAAUGUAUGUGCAUAAUUAGCUUAAAAAUCCGGUGCUUGUAGGCAUGACAAAAACUUGACACUCAGCUAGGUCCUGGCUGCAGCAUGCAAAAGCCAGGCUGUGGGAUAUUCAGCAUUUACAUCCCCAGGACACGGGUUAAAAAGUGCUGUUGUACAUAUCUGUGUCUGUAAAUGUGCAUGUCUGCACCCACUUUGCCUUCUAUGCCAACACUGCCACAACUGUAGCUGGAGGCUUGCCAGUGGUAAACCCUAUUGCAAAGAAAAGAAAAUCUUCUUAAAUCAGUGUUUUCCUUGAUGAGAUGCAAAUAUUUUGGUUAUAAUAUUUGGCUUUCUAGCUGUUUCAUUCUGGUUUUUUUUUAAGAUGGGGGUAAUUCAGUUCAGUGGGAAAAUUCUGCCCUGGUCACUUGUGCAACUUGUUGCAACUUGUGCAAGAGUUGUCAAAAUGUAA